UUUAUGAGGCAUUCACUGGAUUCAAUCAGAGUGAUCCGAAUCCUCUUGACCCCAAUAGAGAUGUAUUUCAGGUUUAUAGAUGGGUACGAACUGAUAAUCCUGUGAACUUCACACAACAACAGAUCAAACAAUUACAUGAAGCUCGAGUACAGGAUGAUCUUCAACUGACUGAGCUCAUAGAAAGUGUCUUGAAAAAUCCUCCUGAGGAAACUCCGAAUAUUACUAGCACAAUGUGGAAAACUUCUAAUGCCAUUCUUAAUACUACUAGUUUUGUAUUUCAAGUUCCUGAUUCUAUCCAUUUCAUUGUUAAUGCAUUAUCCACCAAGAGUUCAUUUAUGGCUCUUGCAUUCAAA